AUGGCCAGACUCUACCUCGAGUCUGAACGACCUCACGAGGCUGCCAGCAUCGCGGAGGAGGCCUUGGUCUUGAUCCAGGAUCUGGGGGACCUCCACUCAGAGUACCUCGCCUACGGCCUCCUCUGCUGCGCGAUCUUGGAUGAUGAGUCAACUGGUGAUCGGCGCCUGCGAGCAGAGGGGCGUGCCAAGGAGGCGGUAGAACGCUUCAAGAUACAAGGCAAAAGGCCUCAUGCGCUGGCGCUGAGCUUGCUGGCAGGUGUGCUGGGUGAGACCAGUUCCACCUUAGAAGCCCGGACCAAGGUGGAGGAAGCACUGCGGCUAAGCCGAGACCUGGAAGACAUGGACCUCGAGGCCCAUCUACUCUUGAGACUCUCAAGUCUUCUGGCCAGCGAGAAUGACGACGAGACCUUGAAGGCCUUGGAGGGCGUCAUCGCGCUGUGCCAGCGUUUGCCGGAAAAGGCGGAACUCAUCGCCAGUGCUCGGUACCUCUCAGUCUCGCUGCUCCUGCGGAUGUUUGAUCCCAUGGACAGCUUAAGAGAGGCCUCCCAAGCACGUGCCUUCUUCGCAGAGGAGAAGGACCUGUAUCGGGAGGCCUUGACGUUGGUGGCCAUUGCCUCGGUGUGCUUCAGCCGCAAAGAUCUCUCGGAAGCCAAGGAGUCGUUGGCUCUAGCUCGAGAGCUCUUUCGAGAUGCCUCUGACCCUCGAGGUGAAGUCUUGGCCUUGAGCACCUUGGCCGAGAUGCACCAAGCGGAGAACGAGAUCCCUGAGGCCCUUGAGGUGCUUCAACGAGCACGGGCGGUGGCUCAGGAGGCGGGCUGGAAGGAGGAGGAGGUCCGACUCCUGGUCGAGAUCGCCAACCUGCAGCGUGCGGAGAACGUCAAGCUCUCGGCACGCACGGCGCGGGAGGGCCUGCGGAUCGCCAAGCAUGCGAAGAUGCUGGAGGGGCAGGUGCAACUGUUGAUGCAAUGUGUCCAGUGCAACCUGAUCCUGGCCUCGAGCAGCUGCUCCCGGAAUUUGUGGGAAGAGACGCGACGCUUGGCGGACGAUGCGGUGAUGCUCACCAGCGGUAUCAGCGCGGGAUGGCGAAGACGCCUCCAUGGCCUGGCGCUCUACUGGCAAGCGCACAGCGUGGCCCUGAAGGAUCGACCCAGUCUGUGGGGUGUGGGGUGUGAGCUCUGUCGAGACACCCAGAACUUGGGUUUGGAAGCCCAUGUCCAGCUCCUGGAAGCUCAGAUCCAGCUGCCCAAUGACAAGGGCAAAGCGGUGGAACUUUUAAGGCCUGCGAUGGCCACCUUCAAGAAGCUGGGUGAUCUCAAUGGCAGUCAGAUGGCUGAGGAGGUUCUUCAGCGGGCAACGGCUGUCCCAGUGGCACGCCCUGUGGAGCCCACCUCAACCUCCGAUGUGGCGGCCUUGACAGGAAUGCCUGAGCAGGUGGUCAGCAAGAAGUUGGAACGCCACUCGGUGCGCUCGCUGAUCAUGGACUUGGCCAAGGACGCCGUGGCCUCCGAGGACCAGCUCUUUGACGAUAGCGUGUUGAUGGAUAUGGGGAUGGACAGCUUGACGAGCGUGGCCUUCCGCAACGACCUGUCGAACCGAUUCCAGCUGGACUUGCCUGAGGGCCAUGCCCAAACACCCGACGAUCCCCGAAGUGGUCUUCGUCCUCCGAAACGGGCGUCACUGAUCUUCGAGUACCCCUCCGUGGGCGAGCUGACCAAGCUUGUGGUGAGCAUGAGCGAGCAGUGA